AUGAUUCCGACGAAAAGGAAGAAAUGGAAAGUUGUUCAAGGAUUGGUCGCGAUACCACGAAAUGCAUUAGUAAUGAGAGGUGACCUCAUCCUAAGGAAAGGAAUAUAUGAGUAUGGUACUUCUGAGGACAUGUUAGUGGACUUAUGCGAUUCAGUUCAGUGA